AUGCAGCGACUUGCAGGAUCUUCCGUGGACCUGUUCACAGACGAGCUAUCAAAUCUAGAGCAUGGGCAGCUCCAAUUCAUGGCACAGCGCCUGCCAGCGUUCUUGCCCGGCAGUACUACUGUCCAGGUCCCCACAAGCUCAUGUCCAGCCGAUGGAGCCAGCUGUGCAGACGAAGCAGACAAGGCCUCCGCUGGCAAUGAGAACGUGCCCAGCAACCUGCCAGCCAGGCCAAGCAGUGCAGACAACAUGGGGAACAAGAAGAAGAGGGCACCUGCUCCAAGGAGGUAUGUCAUGAAUGACGAGCUGUCAUCGCUUUCUGCAUACAUGACAGCGCGGCUCAGCCUCGAGAAGGUGAAUGCAGCGGUGGAUGAUGCAGCCACAAUGGCAGAGGGCGUGGCGCACAUGCUGGCCACAGCCAGAGCAAGGGGCAAGAUGGCGACGCACGAUCGCAAGCGCGCACAGAUGCUCAUGGUCAAUGUUGCGGGCAAGGAAGGAGUCAAGGGUCACCACUGGUUCAUGGAGCAGGACAUGAAGAGCGCAAACAUCCUGCGGCCAGACAAGACCGGCAAGUCGCUGCUGACAGUGCUGCGGCAUCUGGGCCGCCUGCACGAGCUGCGGCUCAGUGUGGAGGGAUCGAUGCAGCCAGUAUACACUGUGCAGUAG